GAGUGAGAAAGCGAAACCAGAAAGAAACCCUACCUCUCUUCUCAGGCCUCAGCCUCCCUCCGUGCCUCUCCGUCUAUCUUCUCUCCUCUCGCUAGCCGCGGCAACCCACGCCGCCGCCGUCGUACCUCUCUCGUUCUCCGGCCUCGGCCCGCGCCCCGCGCAACCCAGCUCCGCGGCGGUUCAAAGAGCGGGUUUGGGAAACCUCAGCUUUGCGAGAUGGACAAGAGCAUGAUGGGAGACCUGGACAAUCUUCCGGAGGAAGACAAGCUUAGAAUGGCCGCCAUGAUCGACCAGCUCCAGAUCCGCGACAGUUUGAGAAUGUACAACUCCCUCGUCGAGAGAUGCUUUAACGAUUGCGUGGACUCCUUCAAGCACAAGAACUUGCAAAAGCAAGAGGAGACCUGCGUCAAUCGUUGUGCCGAGAAGUUCCUAAAGCAUUCGAUGAGGGUCGGCAUGCGGUUCGCCGAGCUGAACCAAGGAGCGGCGACCCAAGAUUGAAAUCCUUGUUGUCCUUUUGUUUUCUGAACAUAUGAUCACAAUGACCGCCUGACCCGGGGGGGUUUUCUUCUGCACUCAUGCAGGAACUCGAUUAUCGAUUCAAUCGUGUCCUUUUACAUUUUUGGGUAUCUAGAGAGCACAAUGUCUUAUUUGUUACUUGAGAUGAGAUAAAAUGCAUUCUGCCAA